AUGCCUCUCGCCCAGCCCCACAGUCCCCACCUGCUGCUGCUGCUGCUGUGCCUGCCAAGGGCAUCCUCUGCCCAGGUAAUGGACUUCUUGUUUGAGAAAUGGAAGCUGUAUGGUGACCAGUGCCACCACAACUUGAGUCUGCUGCCUCCACCUACCGAGCUAGUCUGUAAUAGAACCUUUGACAAGUACUCCUGCUGGCCUGACACCCCACUCAAUACCACAGCUAACAUCUCCUGCCCCUGGUACCUGCCUUGGUACCACAAAGUGCAGCACCGCCUGGUGUUCAAGAGGUGUGGGCCUGAUGGGCAGUGGGUGAGAGGGCCUCGGGGGCAGCCCUGGCGCAACGCCUCCCAGUGCCAGAUGGAUGAUGAAGAGAUCAAGGUCCAGAAGGAGGUGGCCAAGAUGUAUAGCAGCUACCAGGUGAUGUACACUGUGGGCUACAGUCUGUCCCUGGGGGCCCUGCUCCUUGCCCUGGUCAUCCUGCUGGGCCUCAGGAAGCUGCACUGCACCCGAAACUAUAUCCACGGGAACCUGUUUGCAUCCUUUGUGCUCAAAGCUGGCUCUGUGCUGGUCAUUGAUUGGCUGCUCAAGACACGCUACAGCCAGAAGAUUGGGGAUGACCUAAGCGUGAGCGUCUGGCUCAGCAAUGGGGCGCUGGCUGGUUGUCGAGCGGCCACAGUGAUCAUGCAGUACGGCGUCAUAGCCAACUAUUGCUGGUUGCUGGUAGAGGGUGUGUACCUGUACAGCCUGCUGAGCCUUGCUACCUUCCCAGAGAAGAGCUUCUUUUCCCUCUACCUGGGCAUUGGCUGGGGGGCGCCCCUGCUGUUUGUCAUCCCCUGGGUGGUGGUCAAGUGUCUGUUUGAGAAUGUCCAGUGCUGGACCAGCAAUGAUAACAUGGGCUUCUGGUGGAUCUUGCGCAUCCCUGUCUUCCUGGCCAUACUGAUCAAUUUUUUCAUCUUUGUCCACAUUAUUCACCUUCUUGUGGCCAAGCUGCGUGCCCAUCAAAUGCACUAUGCUGACUACAAGUUCCGGCUAGCCAGGUCCACGCUGACGCUCAUCCCUCUGCUGGGGGUCCAUGAGGUGGUCUUUGCUUUUGUGACUGAUGAGCACGCCCAGGGCACCCUGCGUUCCACCAAGCUCUUUUUCGACCUCUUCCUCAGUUCCUUCCAGGGUCUGCUGGUGGCUGUUCUCUACUGUUUCCUUAACAAGGAGGUGCAGGCAGAGCUGCUGCAGCGUUGGAGGCGAUGGCGAGAGGGCAAAGCCCUGAAGGAUGAACAGACCGCUGUCAGCCAUGGCAGCCACAUGGCCCCUGCAGGGUCUAGUCGUGGUGAUCCCGGGGAGAAACUUCAGCUUGUGAGUGCAGGCAGCAGCAACGGGACCGGCCAUCAUGAACCCUCUGUGGAGACCUUUGUCAGUAGUCUCUCAGGGUUGGCUGACAGCCACACCUGAAUCUCCACUGGAGCCCAGCCAGGCUGGAUUCAGAUUACAGGACAACUCAGGACCAGAUGCCUGGCCAAGGCUGGGGAGACAAUGCAGCUGGACAGCAGCUUGUCCACACUCCCCAGACCUGUCCUGACCCUGGUACA